GCGGGGAAGGGAGGAGGGUUACAAAAGGUGAAAAGGUUAGUUUUGCACCCCCUUAACUACCAAAAGUCCUUUAUUUUACAAACUGUUCCUGUCAAGAAGGGGGUGGAAGAGCUUGCGUCUUGCUUUCAGUUGAGACAAUAAUGCUCUCUCAGAUAUGACCCCUUGACCGACAAAUGCUAUCUUUCGGAGGCGGAUUUACCGCCCACAUUCUUUUUCUCCAACGGUCUUGGAUGCUUUUCGACUUGAUGUGCGUAUGAGUCGCCUCAAUUAGCUAUCUUGUGUCUCUAGGACCCAGAAGAACACCGAGACAAGUCUGUCAGGGUGAAGAGUGUGCGCGUUCAGUCACUGAAACUCCUUACAAGCACAAGUCCUAUUGACAGCACGCAAAAAUAUUUUGGUUACUUCAAAACUUCAGUGGUGUGUCUACGGAGCUCCUUGAAGGGAAGAUAGGUGUUUUAGGGGAAGGUUGAUUUCUCUCAGAACAUGACAGAUGACCUGCUUCACGCCUCUCAAGUAAAAUUAAAGGAUCUGAGUGAACGAUAGCCUUCAGUGACAGUUUCGAACAGCUCUCUCCCGUCUUCUGCUAGUGUUUUUUUUUCUAAGUAUACAGAUGGAAUGCUGUCAUGUUAUCUCGUUUUGUACGUUUGGAGACAAAAAUAUAACGUUUAAAUGCUUUUCACGAAUAUCUUUCUAUGCGUAACCGAAAACAAAACUCGAUAAAUAUGUUUUCAUGGCUUUCUGGAGUGAGCAGUUAAUAUCUUUUUGACUUUUGCAAGCCAGUGUUUUUUUUUAAAGUAAAUUAACCAAAGUUAACGAUUCCGGAAUUUCAUCAGAAGUGUCCAGUCUUCCGUGAAUCCCACGUUUUGUAGGUCACAAAACUAUGAAGAAAACACCUGUUGUUGUGAAUGAUCGUAUCUUCCCACGAAGGCAAUUUGCUUUUAAGAAGACGUUGAAGGAAAAUCACAUUUAAGCGACAGUUGACAACCCUUUAACGUCUUUUUGGGCUGCUAUGGUCGGGAGAAUUAAGAUGAUGAGAUUUGUCCAGCGGUUGCAGCUUUCAGAAUGGCCAGGGAGGACUCGGUGAAGUGCCUGCGCUGCUUGCUCUACGCUCUCAAUUUACUUUUCUGGCUGAUGUCCAUCUGUGUGUUGGGUGUGGCUGCCUGGCUCAGAGACUACCUGAACAAUGUUAUUACUUUAACUGCUGACACCAGGCUGGAGGAAGCAGUGAUUCUGACGUAUUCCCCGGUGGUCCAUCCAGUGAUGAUUGCUGUGUGCUGUUUUCUAAUCAUAGUAGGGAUGCUGGGUUAUUGUGGAACAGUAAAAAACAAUCUGCUGCUUCUUUCAUGGUACUUUGGAAGUCUUCUGGUGAUAUUCUGCAUUGAGCUGGCCAGUGGUGUAUGGACAUAUGAACAAGACCACCUGGUCCCUCUACAGAGGUCUGACAUGAUCAGUUUAAAAUCAAGAAUGCCCAAUUAUGGCUUAUCUCGCUAUCAGUGGUUAACCCAUGCAUGGAAUUUCUUUCAGAAAGAGUUCAAGUGCUGUGGAGUAAUGUACUUCACCGAUUGGCUGGAGAUGACGGAGAUGGAGUGGCCUCCAGACUCUUGCUGUAAUAAAGAAUUCCCAGGCUGUGCAAGACAAGCCCACUACGAGGACCUGAGUGAGCUCCACCAAGAGGGUUGCGGUCCAAAAAUAUACGGUUUCAUAAGAGGCACGAAGCAGCUGCAGGUUCUGAGGUUCCUGGGUGUGUCGAUAGGGGUGUCCCAGAUCCUGGCCAUGAUCCUCACUGUCACUCUGCUGUGGGCUCUUUACUAUGAUAGAAGAGCUCCCGGGACUGAUCAGAUGUUGACCUUGAGCAAUGACACCUCACAGCACCUGGCCUGUCAUUCAGAGGAGCUGCAGAAGCCCAGCCCUGAAAGGACCGCAGAUCUCAGGAUCCCAGCUAACACCGGCAGCAUACAGUUUGAGAUGAGGCAGCUCUAACCUUAGCAGAAUUAUUUUCUAUAGCCUGUUUAAAAAGAAAUUUCUCUUGAGGCAUUUUGUUAAUGUGCUUGGUGAAAUUUACCAUCAAGCUACUAUGAAGCAAAUCCAGCUCUUCAUUUUGAUUUUUUUCCAUGUAAGGGCUGAAAAGCAUGGAAUAUUCAAAACAUCAGCACAUUAUUUUUUUGAGCUUGGGGCAUUUCUGUAGUUGCAGUGUUAUGAUAUCUGGACAGUACAAUUAUUUUACACAACUCCAUGAAAAUUGUCUUAAGUUAAUAGUGCUGUAACAACAGCAAAAUGUACUUGCAGUCUUAAUGUUAAUGACCUUUAUUUUCUUAUAAUGUGAAUUUUAUGUAAUUAAAGAGAGUUGUUUUUGAAGUUCAGAAAAAUGAUCAUUAGACUGUAAUUUGCUAAAUGGUACAUUAAGUAAAAAAGCAAUAUGAGGAGUUCUUUUUCUCAAUACACGUGGUGUUCUGUGUUUUGGGUGUUUAUUUUUCAUCAUGUGAUAUCCCUUUAAACUUGA